AUGCAUGGAACAAGAGAGAGCUUGGGCUGCCUGUGGAGUAACCAGUAUCAAAACCACCAAAUUCGUUCCCAGAGCCUUCGUUACCCUUGUCCAGCGGAACGGGAAACCGAUAAGGGCAACGAAGGCUCUGGGAACGAGAUUGCAGGUUUACAUCAGGAAUCUGUCUACCUAGCCUUUACAUUCCGCGUAGUCAUGACCAGAUUCACAGGCCUGUUUUUUGCCUUAGCUCUGUCCAAGCACCUUUUGUUGCAGGUUACGGGGUAUUACAGGUGCAAUUCAUCGGGAAUAUCCGGAUGUGAGUGCUUGUUUCUGGGAGCUUGUGACGCUCACGGAAAACAGAAACAUGGCUUGGAUAUAACGAAACACGUGCCAUUUGGUCUGACACUGUUCGGAAAUAUUAACAAUCCUUUGGCUGAACGGAACUUGGCAUAUCUAUGCGAAGACCACGCAGUAGGUAUACUGUACGACUGUAAUAAUCGAAUACCGUUAUUUGCGGCCACUGUGAUUCGUGGAAGCAAGCUUUCUGGAGCGCCUGGCCACCGACCAAGUGGCCAAAAAUUCAUCCUUAGCAAGAGUGGGCUAGACAAAUAUUUUCAGCAAUCGAACGAAGACUACGAUGAUGCUUUAAAACGAAAGAUUUGUUACAAAACGAGAAGUGACAAGGAAAUGGUUGACGAAGAUUGGUACAGAGCGAAGAACUUGAUCCGCCCGCCGUAUAAGGUUUGUAUUGGUGCGGGAUCGAACGACUUAAAAACAAAAAUGCAUAGAGGUCACUUGGUUGCCUCGCAGUACGGCGUGGGAGACCAAAGCAUAAAAAAAGCAACUUUUGUUUACACCAAUGCGGUCCCUCAGUUUGGGGAUUUCAACUCUGUCUCGUGGCAAAACGCUGAAGGGAGACUCGUGAACUGGGGUAGAAACAAUUGUGCAAAGAAGGGCAAUCAAAACGUUCAAAUGUUUAUCGUUGUUGGUGCGAUUCCCUCUACGAAAUUGGGUCCUUCGAAAACGAGAUACUUUGGCAAAAAUGGAUUCAGUGUCUAUCAGGAUGACACCAAUUACCGGGUGAACGUUCCUGCAGAGAUGUGGACAGCUGCCUGCUGUACCUUUGAGUUUACAAAAGACGGAGGAAAGAAGUGGUACGGGGGUGUUAGGAGUACGGCCUUCUGGAGGGAGAACGUCCCUGGAAAGCUGCCAGCCAACCGUGUAGACGUUGAGUUUUUGGAAAGGAUGCUAAAAGUAAAAAUAAGAAAAAUAUCUGAGAUAUACUUGUUUCCGAACUCCAAAGAAUGUAACAAGGCGAAAAACUUCAUCUCGUUCCCCAAGGCCUGAGAAAUUAUUUCACGUUACUUUCAGGGGAUUCCUAGGUCGGUCAUAUAAACUUGAUUACUUACGUACUUCUUUUCAAGCCUUUCAUCAAUUACAUUUGGAGUCGAUGCAUUCAUUUGUUUUGUAAUGAGUAUUUGCCUAAGUAGGAGGAAUAGCGAACUCUAGCCAUGGACACUGAUAUAUAACAGUGAUAUCGAUGUUGAUAUAACAACAGAAACCACGUAUGAUUGUCUAGCUUUGUUACCUGGAGUGUUUAUUUCAUGUUGUUCUGAGAGAACCUGUUCUACAUGACAAUUUUGGUGCAGCUUUUUAGUCACAAAUGCUUGGUUUGCACUUGAGCUGUCGCUUGGCGACUCAUGGUGAAUUAAUUAAUGAACAAAGAUUUAUUUGUCUUGUUUAUCCUUGUGGAGUUAAAGUUUCAUCAGCCAUAAUUUCCUCUAAGAACUUGGUGUUUUACAUAGUUUUAGCUCGACAGGGUUCUUCGUUUAAUUGAAAUAUAUGAAAUCACGA